CCCCUUCCAGCUCAACAAAACACGUCCACCCGUUACACAACAGUGUCAAAUUCCAGUAAUGUCGUAUGAAAGCUAUUAUACAACUGCGUGCACGUACAGGCCAGGUGAGACAGACCUGCUGAGACUGUGUUCAGUGUCUGGCUGAAGUACUGCGCAUUGGCGGCUGGUGGCACACGAGACAGUUGUAUCAUGGGUAACAUCGAUUCGGCGCUUCCUGUCUUGGAAGUCGAGAAAAAGCUCAAUGAGGAAGAAUCGGAGGAAGAGUCGGAUUCCAGCAGCGAGGAAGAAACAAGGAAACCGAAAAAGGUCAAGGUCAAGGUCGACAACAGUUGGAAGCAAAAGGAGCUAAAAGGUCUUGGCCUAAAAUUAAGCUUCGUGAACAAAGACGACGCCCUCGCCAUAAAUGAGUGCAAGAUCGAAACAUGGACAAUGGAUGAGAGAAACAAGCAGAUAGAUGAGAUACUGACGGAGAAGAAUGAGUUUAUCGCCAGCGACAUCUAUCACGUGACGGGGCCGAAUCUGACCUUGACUGACACUGUCACGGUUGUUGUUAAACUCGGCAAGGAUAUUUCUAAAAGACACAAGGUCAAGGUCAAGAUGCACAAGAAUGGGGCAUGGAACAACGAAGAAGCAACAUUUAAGAAAGGCUGUGCUGAGUUUAGAACCUCUGAAGUUCAGGACUUCGUGAUUGUGGGCGACGUGGUGACGAAGAAGGUCAAGGUCCCCCCAGAGGGCAUGACGGUCAAGGUCGAUGAAUCUUCUAAGAUGGAGGUCGAAAUUCCAGCUGGCGCGGUAGACGCUGAUGAAGACUUAGAUUUCCAGAUCAUCCCCCCAGACGCGACAGCCAUGGAAAAGUACCUGACCGGUGAGGACCCAGUAUGUAAAUCGGUGGUAGGGGUCACCGAGUGCAUGUAUGGGGAGAGCUCCAAGGCCGUCAUCUUCAAGAAACCGGUGACUGUCAAACUCCCAUUUGACAACAAACCUGUGGAUGAUGACGUCACACUCGUUAUGUUCCGGAUGGUUGGCAAUGAGAUUACGAUGAUGGACAGAAGUACGGAGAUCGCGAUGAAUGAAGGCAACGUGUGUAACCUGCAAGUGUCGGCCUUCAGUGGAUAUAUUGCAAGUUACGUGAAAAACGAUGCCCUUGGUGACCCUAAAGCGGUUGAGUCAGAGAUUCGGCUCUUGUUUGGGAAGAACUACAUCGCCAAAAUUCUUAUAUUUCGUGAGAGGAAGGUCAUGCCGACUGGGUUCCCCAAGCUGUGGGUGGAGAUCGUGGACAAGAUCAACGUCGAUAGGGUUGUGGAGAAACGAACCCAGGUGGAGAAGCUUGUGGAGCUCGAGAACAGCCGGUCCCAGGACAUCAAGGUGUUCGACGGGUACCGAAUGCGUAUUGAUAUCGUCGGCAAUCUGAAAGGGCUUCGUGAUGUACCGAAAAGCUACUAUCUUCUGACUUAUCUGGAUGUAGCUGAAGACAAUCACAAAAUGUUUACGGUGGAGAAAAAAGGCGAAAUCCACACCAGCAUCGGCAUCAUCAACUUCUACUGCGACAAGGGACCUCGCCGACAAUGUGUUCACUCUGUUCAGAUGGACACUGUGGUGGGCUUUGAUAAAAUGUACCGGACUGACCAUGAACGGCAUCCAAGGCAGAAGAGACUCGCCUCUGGUGGGGAUGAACUCUCCAUGAUGUCUGGCUUCAGUGGACAUGCUUCCAACUCAUCCAUCGGCAAUGACGCUGCGUCUGCAAUUUCCGGUUACCAUGGAAACCAACCACAUGAGUUGGUGCGUCAAAAUUCUAAUAUUUCGAUCGGGUCUGCAGCCACUCUGAUGUCACAGGCUCCUCUGUGUCCAGCUCUGAAUGAAGGCAGUCUCUUCAACAUGUCGGAGAUGAUCAAACAGGCCGACGACGGCAUGAGCCUGUCAGCCCACCUGGGCAUGUCAGACGACUUUGAUGCUAUCAGCCAAGGCAGCCAAAGCCAAAGGGCGGCUGUCUUCAAACUCCUGAAGGAAUGGACGAAGAAACAGACCUCAACAGACGAGGCUGUAGGGGAAUUAACAUCUGCUCUGAAGGCGGCCAAACUGAAGAAAGUGGUAGAAUCCUUCACGAAGGCGGUGAAGAAGAACAAAGCCAUGUAGACAUGAAGUACCGUGUGGCUCCUACUACCGGAAGUAUGUAUGUACAUGUACCAAGCUCCUCACAGGUGACAGCGGUGAUCCCAGCAGGGUAAAGGAGGUGGCGCAUGUUUUGCUUGAGCUUGUACAUGUACAUACCAAGGGACAUAACUCGGUGGCGAUUGUUUGUUGUUAUAUCAUAGCCAUACGGCGGCGGUCUGUAAAUAAUCGAGUGUGGACAUUCCAGCCAUUAACAUUGUGAGCAUCAAUCUACGCAAUUGGGAUACGAUGACAUGUUCUACCAAGUCAGUGAGUCUGGCUUUAUUCGGCUUUAAUGUAUUUCAAUCAGCCAGUAAUUAAGUAUAUUUACCAUCAACAGGAAAGACACCUGAGUCUAAGGCCAAGGGGGAUCCUUCUCUUCAACAUUACUCAUGUAUGUUACCUUAAUGUUGGGUUUGGUUUUUGUUUUUGGUUAAUAUGUUUUUGUUGUUUUUAUUUUGUAUAAGCGCUAAUUCCGUGAUUAUAUAUUGGUAUAACUAUCCAAAUAUAUAACUGUGAUAAUAACUAUCCGACGUCCAUUCUGUGAUAAUAACUAUCCGGCUUCUAUUUUGUGAUAAUAACUACCCCACGUCCAUUCGGAGAUGAGUGAGUGAUCAAAUGGUUUUACGCCACUUUAAGAAAUAUUCCAGCAAUAUCACGGCAGGGGACACCACCAAUUGGCUUCACACAUAGUGCCCAUGUGGGGAAUCGAACCCGGGUCUUCUGCGUGACGUGUGGACGCUUUAACCACUAGGCUACCCCACCGUCCCCGUUUGGGUAAAUACCCGGCUUCCAUUCUCUCGUGAUUGUAAGUACCCGGCUUCCAUUGUCUCGUGAUUGUAAAAACCUGGCUUCCAUUCUCUCGUGAUUGUAAAUACCAGGCUUCCAUUCUCUGAGUAUCAAUUCCCUGCGCCCAAUCUUUAGCUGUUAAAACAUGGUGCGCUGAAGAUCCGUUAAAGACACCUUCAAAGACAGAGACGUAAUUCAGUUAGGAGAUAAACGUAGUGUGUUUGGAAAUUAGAUGAAUGUUAGACCGAAUUGAUAGUCUCUAAAUUUUAUUUGAAGCCGAACGCGUAGCGUGAGGUUUCAAAUGAUUA